AUGCUUGUCAAAAGCGGUGGAGGAAGCUUGAAUGACUGGGAUCUUGCUAAGGGAGGCAGACUCGCAGAGAAUACUUUGCUUCCCCAGGAUGACCCUCCCCGCAAUUCGUAUCGAACGGGGACAUGGUACUUCCUUUCAGCUCGUCUCCUGAUGGACCCGCUCAAGAUACACACCCUGCAAGACGACCUCGAAUCCAUCUUCUACCUCGUUCUUUACUAUGCACCCCGGUAUAUUCCUUGUAACAAAGGGAUGGAGGAGCUGAGGGAAGUGCAUGCUCAGCCUUUCCUGGAGUGGAGGGAAAGCGUGAUUGGCCGUGCACUGGGUUGCAUCGCCGAGUUCUAUCGUUACUGCAUCGACGGCGAAGAGCAGCUCUUCGAGGAGCACGAAGACGAGCCUCUUCCGCCAUCAUCUGAGCCUGUUUCUCCACCGCUGCUGCUACCUUCUGCCUCUACAAUCAUGAACACUUUUCUUCCCUGUUCAAGACGGCACUCAAGACAUCUGGUUGGUCGCCCAUACGCCCUCACCUCGGCGAUGACGGUGAACUUGAUCAAUACGUCCGAACCCAAGGAACCAGGCGGAUGUCGACGCCGGUGCCCCGUCGCAUGUGCACCACCGAAGCGUCCAUUGUUCUAG